AUUGGAGCCUGGCUCAUCUAUUCGGUGUAGCCGCUGGGAGGAGGGGUUCUCGACUUUGGAAUUUAGAACCUCCGAAUGUGGUGUUGCCAACCGCAGAUAAUGCUACAGUAAGGCCGAGCUUCGUUUUCGACUGGGGUGGUUACACCAUUCUCCCAAUUACUCCGUAAAGUCAAGACUUUUUCGUUUUAUUCUUUAUUCCCAUUCUCUUACUCGAUCGCUUUUCAUUCCCUGCAUUCGCCAUGCUGCUGCUGGUCCCCUGCCUAAGGAGAGUUUUGCGACCCGCCCGGACUCUGGUGUGUAGCCUCGGCUCUGGAAGGAGAAGCGAAAGCUGUCCGUUCUUCCCCCCUGCCCCUUCGUUGCUGUCCUGUUUUAAUGCUACCACCGCUGCUUUUACCCCGCGCUGCCUCGGCACCCAUUCGGCCAAGGAGCCGGUGGAGCCCCUGAAUACUUCUCAGGGAGCCCGAGACUUUAUCUACAGCCUGCACUCGAAGGAGAGGAAGAGUCUGUUGCAGGAGCUCCAGAGGUUCGAGUCCAUGGCGAUAGCACAAGCAUGCCCUGGACACCGCUAUCCCAGAGCACAGACUCCUAUAAGCAGCAAGUGGAGAGAACAGGCUGCAGCAGAAGAAAUAGAAGUUAAGCCACCAUCAUCAGCACAGUACAGAUAUGUGUUUCUUCACAGUGCAAUACCUUUCAUUGGAUUUGGUUUCCUGGACAAUGCUAUCAUGAUUGCUGCAGGGACGCAGAUUGAGUUGUCCCUUGGAGUUAUUUUUGGAAUUUCCACAAUGGCAGCUGCAGCACUUGGCAACCUUGUCUCUGACGUAGCUGGACUCGGACUUGCAGGGUAUGUGGAGGCUCUUGCAUCAAGACUGGGUCUGCCAAGUCCUGAUCUAAACCCAAAACAGGCUGAUAUGUGGCAAACACGCCUUAGCUCGCAGCUGGGCAAGGUUAUAGGUGUGAUCAUUGGUUGCAUCUUAGGAAUGUUUCCACUGCUUUUCUUUAAAAUAGAAGAAGAAGAAAAGCUAGAAGAAUGCAAGAAUUGAAAUAAUGUGCCAAUUGGCGAACUAUUUCCACAUGUUAAACAUGAUGUUUGCAUUGUGAAGUAAUCCUAGAAGUAUAAUAGCAGCCUUUUGAUGGACAGAAGUGCAAUCUGGACUGUGAUUUGCUGGAAUAUUGACAUUAUCAAGUCAAUUGUUGCAAAUACAUUUUUUGUGAACUCAGUACAGCGAAACUGGUCUAUUGACCCCUGAUGGUACUGUUCUAUUCCUCUGUUGGGGGGAAAAACAACACAUAAACAUACACUCACUAAAUGGUUGACUAAGUGGUCUUUAAAAUCAGUUUCGCCAUAUAUCAUACUGCCUUGUUUUCCUUGAUUAAAUGAUAGUUUUUUUUUGAAAAUAAUUUUUGACUUGUGAAUGCUAAUAUUUUUAUCCAAGGAUGUAAUUUUGCAACUAAUUGCAGACAUUUAAUGUUGAUACUAAAUUAUAGAAACUGAAACUAAUUGAAGGAUUAUUUACAUUUUGUGUUGUGAUAUUACAUCUAAUUCAGUUUAUGUAGCCUUAUUUGGUAUUAUACCAGUGUGCUUUUGUUGUUUUUUUGAAGUGUGACUAAACUAUUGUAUAGAAGCUGUAUAUGUAUUCCAUAAUUAUUAUUGUUUGUUUGGUGCAUUUGAUCUUUAUAUUUGAAACAUAAGUCACUCUUUUUAAAUGGUAUACUUGCAACCAAUCUAGACUUCUAAGCACAGUGCUACAAUGUUAAAAACCAUUCCAAAGGCAUGUGGAAAUAUAACUCCAAUCUCAAUAUCUUUAGGACGUUCCUGGUGCUAGGUUUUAGGAUAUAAUACUGCAUUACAUUUGUUCUGAGAGCGUCUAUGAAAAGGUAAAUAUUUUAUUACAAGUAAUGUCUAUUAUCUUUGUUUAGAUAUCACAUCUCUUAAUGACUGGGUUUUAAUGAUUGCUUGUUAGGAUUUCUUUGUCUUAAUUUUAAGUAGAAUUGUCUGGCAUUGAGACUUUAUCAAGGUUAGUACAGCAACCAAAACACAAACAUGGGCAUCUCUGAAGGAGAAAUAUAACAUUGUGUUUUUGUAAUUUUAAAAUAAUAAACUGAAGUUCAACUAAUAGUAAGUCCAUGAGGUGUGAGCUCAACCCAAUCAUUUUCUCAAGUCGUUGAAUGAAGAUGACUUUAUUCUCAGUGCAGUAAGCUGCCUUUUUGAAAAGUUGAUUUCGCAAAGAUAGGUGGAGGGGCAAGUACUGUUGAGGAAGUGGAGAUGCUGCAGAAGGACCGGAACAGGCUGAGAGUAGGCAAAGAAGUGACAGAUGGAAUUCAAUAUGGAAAAACCGAGGUUAUUCACCUCAGUUGGAAGACUGGAGGUAUAGACCAUUUCUGAAUGGGAAAUGGCUUCAGAAAGCACAGAGGAACUUUGGAGUCCUUGUGUAGCAUUCUGUUAUGGUAAACAGAGUUCCUUUGACAGUUAGCAAGGCAAAUGCAAUGCAGCAUUCAAUUUGAGAGGCUAAGAAUACAAUAGCAGGGACUAACUGUAGAAGGCUCUGGUCGGACACGUUUGGAAUAUUGUAAGCCUCUUUGGGCUCUGCAUCUAAGGAGGUUGUGGAUCAACAGGCAGUUUAUAGGAAGGAUCCCAAGGAUGAAGCAUUUGUCAUAUGAGGAAUGGUUGAGGACUUAGGGUCUGUAUUCAAUGGAGUUUAGAAAUGUAGGGAUGAUGGGGAUCUCAUUGAGACUUGUAGAAUACUGAGAGGACAUGGAGAUGUUUCCACGAGUAGGAGAAACUAGGAUCUGGGGGCGCAGCCUCGGAGUGAAGGGAUAGCACUUUAGGACUGAAAUGAGGAAUUUAUUCAGCCAGAAGGUGGUGAAUCUGUGGAACUCAUUGCCAGAGAAGGCUGUAGAGGCCUAAUCAUUGAAUGUAUUUAAGACAGACGUAGGUUGUUGAUUAGUAAGGAAAUCAAAGGUUAUGAGGAGAGGGUAGGAGAAUGGUGUUGAGAAACAUCAGCCAUGAUCGAAUGGUGGAACAGAAUCCAUGGGCUAAGUGGCCUAAUUCUCUUUCUAUAUCUUAUGGCCUCGUAUGGACUUGAAUAAAAUGCUUAUGUUAAUUUGUCCUGAUAACCUGAAGCAAUGAACAAAAGAAAAGUACUGAACAAUCCUAAAUCAACAUGGAAAAUACUGCUAGAAUCAAUGGAGAAAGAAAUGGAGUUAAUGUUGCAAGUUAAUGACUUUUCAACAAUGACAAAAAGUAGAUCCAAAUGAUUGAGAACAGGUUGAGCCAUUUGUCAUGAGUGCAGUCAAUCAGAUUGCAAACAGUGGCAAUUUUUACAGGCCUUAACCUGUGUAGAAUAUCAAAGACCAUGAACUCCCAUGUAAUGAAUAACUGUUUUCCAAUGGAUAUGAUACCAGAUGAACUGAUUUAUCAGGUUGUAAGCUCUUCUAAAAAUGAUCUCCAGUCUUAUUUACACACAUGCCAAUUAGUGACCAGCCUGGUGCUUUAUUUCAGAGCUAUUAUCACCCCUCAAUAUUAGAUGGCACUGAUUUGUAUUUAUAUGCAGAAUAUAAAAUAAUCUGUAACAUUACCGAAGGUAUUAAUUUAUUUGAAUAUUGCUGCUGAUUUUGAUUUAUUAUUGUCACAUGUACAAAGGUACAGUAAGCAUUGACUUGUGUGCUUUACAGGCAGAUUGUACUGUACAAGUGCAUCAGGGUAAUGGAACAGAGUAUGGGGUACAAUGUUAGAGCUGCUGAGAUGGUGCAGAUGGAGAUCAAUAUUAACAUUACAGGUCCAUUCAAAAGUGUGAUAAUAGCAGGGACGAAGCCGUUCUUAAAUCUGUUUGCACGUGAAUACAAAAUCUGUUAUCUUCUGCUAGAAGAGGGUGGAAGAGUAUCACUGGAGUGGGUGUGGUCUUUGUUUUAGUUCCUUAUCCGAGGCAGCAGAAAGAAUAGAUUGUCAACAUUUAUUUAUUUAUUCACAAACUUAGAAUAGCCAUCUCAAUCAAAUACCAAAUCAUUAAGAAAUAAUUAUAACUUAAUUUCCAGGCUGCAAGCUGAGCUGAAUAACUAAUUCUUGGCAGAGAAUUCUACAGAAUGAAGUGUUGGGGCUUUAGUCUUCGCAUGUGUUCAAUCUCAAAUUCAACAGCUGAUGUUUGUUUCAUGAUGAUAAAUAUUACCUCAUUAAAGAGGCAGAAAAGCCUUCAAAUAAUAAAUUAAUGCAUGUAAAUGAAAGGUAGUUUAGAAGAAUUAAUAUAUUUAUUAGAAAUUGUAAAUAGGUUUAAUAUUGAUGCCUCGUGCACAGCUCCCCAUAGAGUGGAAAACCUGAUUAGAAGUGUCCACAGUUGUUGUACUUGAACAGAUUUCCUGUAUAGAAACAACCAGAUUCUUAUUUUAGAAGUCCUAAAAUGUUUGAUUACCAAGAGACUGUUCAAGUCACAUCAUGCUUUGCUGGUUUUUUUGCCAUUAGCACUUUUAAAAGCACAAAACUCUUAACUUGUAUUUCUGCAAUGAAAUUUAGAUCAUCUCCUCUGCAGACAAUACAGAGGGACCAAUAAUAAGACUGCAGUCUUUAGGCUUAUGUUAAGUGUCUGGUGUUUUCCUGUUGGUGCAAGUGAAAUUGCGUAGUGGUCUUGAGAUUUCAUUUGAUGUUGGUUUGAACAAUGGGAAAGAUAUUAGCAUUUCUAUUUAGUGCAGAAAUUCAGUCUCAAAUAUUAAAUAUAAAAGAGCAUUCCAUUCUCCUGCAAUUAUUUGUUAAUGUAUAUUGAUUACCUGUUUAAAAAUCAAUUGUGUGCAAUUAUUUUUGCCCAUAGGAGCUUUAGUCCUUGAC